AUGGAGGACCUUCCCAUUGAAAUCUUGCGACACAUUUGUUUUAUGAUCAAAACAGACUCCCCAGAAGCUCUCCCACUACUCAGAUUAAUAAACAGGCUGUGGAGAGAAGUAGUGGCUCCAUUUUUGUUCGAAACCCUCAGAGUGAAAUUCCGGAACCUGGCUGGGCUCCAGGCUACUGCGUCUGAGGUUAACCAAGGCAGAAGAGGGCAGACGUUUCUCAAAUAUGCCCGUAAAUUGGAUGUGGUUUGCCUCUAUGAGCCGGAUAUUGAGACCAAAAAGGGAAGGCGUCUCUGGCAGAUUAAAGACUGGGGGAUGGAGUUUGCCGACUACAUUCCGCCAGCUCAUAGGGACACGUUCCUGGAGCACCGGCUCGGGGAAUGCAUCGAGUCAGAUCUUAGAUUCCUGAAUCUGAGUGUUGAUUACUAUUCACAGAAGGAGUGGCAGCCGCUCAUGUCGUUGAUCGUGCGUCUUGAGCACCUAGAAGAGCUGAAUUACGCAGCACACAACAUGUUUCCUGCACCCGUUCAUCAGGUCAUCUGCCAGUAUCAUCCCAGGUGCAGGGUGAAAAUCUGGUUCUUUCAGGACUUGAGCAUUGAUGUACCCGGCCUAGGAAGGCCCGACCCUGGAUACAGUGCCUCAAUGAAUGAUCCAUUUGAGAUUAGUGUACUCCGGUCCCCAGGUCUCCAUACUUUUGCCGUGAAUUACUUCACCGUAAACGAUCCCAAUGGAGGUCAAGAAUUUGUUCAUCUCGACGAGCUUCUUCCCUUUGUCUGCAUGGGUCAAAACCUAAAGCGUUUAGCUAUACGUGCUAGCCGUGCACCCAACGAUGGUUCUAUCAUGAAAAUCAAACAGGAAUGGAAGGACUUCUCUGCUGAUUUAAAGCCUGUCCCGGCAGCUUGUUUGGACUCCGUCUCAUUGCACUUUGGAUCUGGACGCGGGCCGUUGGAGGAGAUUCUGCUGAAACUAGGGAAUCUUAUAGACCUAACUCGGCUCCGCUCAUUGGAUAUGUCUAUUUACUCUAGCCCGAGCUUGCUGGCCCAAGCCGCUUCGCUUUUCCACAGCUUAGAACGGCUGUUUGUUACCAUGGACCCAUGGGCCAAACCCAAUGAAGACGUCAAUGCGGAUGACGAGGAGAUGGUGUCCGCAGUCCGAGCUUUUGCUCCGUUGAGGUUCCUCUGUCUGCGCGGCUUACGCAGUACUUCUUCCCUCGAUCACAUCCUUCAGCACCAUGGCACAUCAUUGAAGGGCCUUGCAAUUGAGACAUCGGAGGACGGACGGCUGUUUAGGUCGCCAACAAUUUACGAUAAUGGAUACAAGUACCCAGUUUUAGACAGUCAACAUAUUUCUCAGCUGGCAGACUGUUGCGCAAACUUGCAGGAACUUCGACUCCAGAUCAAGCGCCAAGGAGGCAAUCACCGAGAGUGCAACAUAUACAGAGCACUCAGUCAACUCACACAGCUGCAUACCUUAAUCCUGGAUUUGCAUUGCGAUCCCAGACAGUCGCCCAUCGGUCCUGAAGUAGCCAGCACUGCUUGUUUGCGAGAGACUCUGAUCAAUGCUGCGAUGGAUGAGAGCCUUGCAAUGAGUAUUUGGGAUCUCAUUGCAUCAAGUCAACCCAGCAAAAGACUGAGAAAGCUACGGAUCAUACCAUUCGGAGCGAACUUUUAUUCGAGGGAGGAGAAGCAUGUGAUCCGGCAACUGAGUCAUUCAUUUCUUCUCACCAGGCCUGGUGUCUACAGCCAAAGAAACCCGGAUCUGCGGGAGAUUGGGAAGGAAGCAUGGGAAUUGUGGCGAGAGGAGGACAUUAGUGAAAAUGGCCGUCUACAUAUACCGCAGCAGGUCGAAGAUCUCUUAUAUGAGCUCUGGCCGUCUACUCGGGGGGUACGGAACAAACACUGGGGCCAGUACUGGAAGAGCUUCCCUUUACAGACGGAGCGUCUGUGA